AGAAACAUCAAGGAUACUGUUGCUGCAGAUGUGCCUGCAACCGAAUUACCGGCAGAGGUGGUCGCCGUCGAGGAGGUCAAUGCUGGCGAGUACAUGGUCGAAUCGGUUGCGGCGGACGUCGCUGCAGAAGAUCCUGUGGCCGAAUCUCUAUUGGAAGACAUUGCGGUUAAGGAGAGUACUGUUGAAGUUCCUGUCGCAGAAACUGCCGUUGAGGAGGCCAUAGUUGCUAAAGAGUCUACCGGCGAGGCUGAGGGCGAGACCGCCGUUGGGGAUGCUAUCGAGGAAGCUAUCGAUACCAAUGCAGUUGCUGUCGAGGCGGCACCUACUACUGAGGAGCAUGUCACCGAAUCCCAUGCUGACGAUGUCACUACUAAGGAGAUUGUCACCGAGGAGCCUGGUACAGAGGAUAUCGUUGCAGCUGAUAAUUGUGAGGUCGCUACCGAGGAUAUCGUUGUCAAGGAUGCUACUGUCGAGGAAACCGCUACCGUUGAUGAACCAUCUAUUGACCCCACUGAAUCUUCUGCUGGGAAAGCCGACUCUAUCGAAUUCGCUUCUGACGAACCCGCCACUCUUGAAGGCACUGCUGCCAAGGCAUCUGCUGUCACUGUCCAGGAGUCUGCUGCGGAGGACUGCGUUGCUGCAGAGACUGUUGUUGCUGACGGGUCUUCUGGCGAUGCUGCUGAUUCUAUGGUCCAGGAAGUCAUUCCUCGCUCUAUUUCACUGGAUGAAUCUACGGUCAUGGACAUAGUCCCAGUUGAGACAUCAGUUGCUGAAGACAAUACUGUGGCAGAUCUUGUAGCCACAGAGGAGUCUGAAACUGCCAAGGAUGCUUUUAUUGCUGAGGAUGGCAUCCCCAAAGACGCCGAGCAGGACGAGGUUUCGGCGGGCGACAUUGCAGUUGCUGCUGUCGCCGGUGCAGCGGUCGCAUACACGCUCGGUAGAUCUGUCAGGUCUUCUGCAGUGCCAGUCGAGACAGAAGCUACUGAUGAGCCUACUCCUACGCCAAUUGUCAGAUCAGCAUCCAACGCUGACGAGGGCAUCUCGCUCGAGGAAGAAGGAGUCGAGAAGCCAGCAGCUGAAAUCACUGAGGAGCCUGCCACCGACAAGGUCGAAGAGGCCACUGUUGAGCCUGCUCGGGUCGAGUCGCCAGCGAAACAGGCUGAUGCCCGUGCAUCGCAAACAUCGGUCAACGAAGUGGACUCUGAUGUCGAGGAUCAGGAGCCCCGUGCCGGCAUAUCUACUGAAGCCGAACCGGGAUCCCCUGCUGACACAACCCCCGGGGCUAUCACCAGCGCGCCGACCGCGAUUCCUUCGUAUGUAAUGCACUACCCGGAAUCGCUCUUUGGAGACAACGCUUCGCUGAACACCACCGGUGUCAUUACCAUGGACGAGCUGCAUAUGGCGCAAAAGGCCACGCCCGUUGUUGGGGUGUCGGCAGUCAAUGUCACAUCCGCUGGAUCCGGCGGCAGGUCAUGGGGAGCGGGCAUGCGCCGUUUUGCCGACAACGAGGGCUCGGUUGGCUCGCGCAUGAAACGCCUCAUCACGAACAAGCGCGGUGACUCGCCACCUAUGGUCAAGGAUGCCAGCGGAACUGCAUCCCCGGGCGAGAGCCUUGGCACAGCUGACGACAGCGAAUCAAGGGUGUCACGAUCGGCUACGAUUGUUGGUGAGGGUGUGACGAUUCCAGGCACGUUCCCGUCGAGUGCCAAGCUUGACGGUCGUGAGGGUGGUGACGCCCCUGCUCAAGCAGAGAGCAGCCAGCAGGGGUCGGCAUCGGAUUCUGAGCCGAAGAGACAACGUCCUCGCCGUCACACGAUUUUGGGCGUGUUCAAGCGCAUCUUCCGCUGAGCAUAUUAAUCAUUUGCCUGUGCCAAAUCUCCCUUUUACUUGAAUGUCCCAAUACAUCCAACAUGAAGUGUUUACGAUGCUAUACCGUGUAUAUUUUAUUUU